AUUAUUGUCACUGCUCUCCAACCAUGCACUGUCCUGUCCCCGCCGACGCUCCUUUCCCAAAUCAGUCAGGCAGAGGAGGCUGAGUGUCCAUCAGGACGUAGUCUGAGAAUACAAACCACCGCGUUCCACGUGAAAAAGGAACAAGGGGGACACCUCAAAACUUGUCUGGCAACUUCAGCAUCUACUGGAUUACUGGCUGGAUGCAAACAAGGAAAAGAGACAUGAGGGGGUCCAGAAGGUCGCUCUAGUUGAUUGGCAAAGGGGAGCUGGCUGUUGGGGAGGACAAACAAGGAGGAAGGCGAAAUGGGCAUUUCAGUGCACGGCGGAAUGGCAUCACCUCUGCCCUGGCUGUACAUUAUUUUAUGGGUAGAAAACAUCCAAGGGAACUUUGAAGAUGAAGGAAACGACUACUCGAAGAAUAUCAGUCGCAUCCUGGACAACUUGCUUGAAGGCUAUGACAAUCGGCUACGGCCGGGAUUUGGAGGUGCUGUCACUGAAGUCAAAAUAGACAUUUAUGUGACCAGUUUUGGGCCCGUGUCAGAUGUGGAGAUGGAGUAUACCAUGGAUGUUUUCUUCCGCCAGACUUGGAUUGAUGAGCGGUUGAAGUUUAGAGGGCCAACUGAAAUUCUGAGUUUGAAUAACUUGAUGGUCAGUAAAAUUUGGACACCUGACACUUUUUUCAGGAAUGGCAAAAAAUCAAUUGCUCACAAUAUGACAACUCCUAAUAAACUCUUCAGAAUAAUGCAGAAUGGAACCAUUCUAUACACCAUGAGGCUUACCAUCAAUGCCGACUGUCCCAUGAAGCUGGUUAACUUUCCCAUGGACGGGCAUGCUUGCCCACUCAAGUUUGGGAGUUAUGCCUACCCCAAAAGUGAAAUCAUAUACACAUGGAAAAAAGGGCCACUGUACUCAGUCGAAGUCCCAGAGGAAUCUUCGAGCCUCCUCCAGUAUGAUCUGAUCGGACAAACAGCAUCGAGCGAGACGAUUAAAUCUAACACAGGUGAAUACGUAAUAAUGACAGUUAAUUUCCAUUUGCAAAGGAAGAUGGGCUACUUCAUGAUACAGAUAUAUACUCCUUGCAUUAUGACCGUCAUUCUUUCCCAAGUGUCUUUCUGGAUUAAUAAGGAGUCUGUUCCUGCCAGAACUGUCUUUGGGAUCACCACUGUUUUGACCAUGACCACUUUAAGCAUCAGUGCCAGGCACUCCUUGCCGAAAGUGUCCUAUGCAACCGCCAUGGACUGGUUCAUAGCUGUGUGCUUUGCUUUCGUCUUCUCUGCUCUUAUUGAGUUUGCAGCUGUCAACUACUUCACCAACCUUCAGACACAAAAGGCCAAAAGAAACACACAGACUGCAGCCUCACCCCCAGCGACAAUAUCAAAAGCAAUGGAACCCUUGGAGGCUGAAAUUGUCUUGCAUCCUGACUCCAAGUACUACCUGAAGAAAAGAAUCAGCUCCCUGACCUUGCCAAUAGUCCCAGCCCCUGAAGCCAGCAAAGUCCUCCCUAAAGCUCCCAUCUUACCUUCAACACCUGCCACUCCCCCACCGCUCUCUCCAGCCACUGGAAGCACCAGUAAAAUAGAUCAGUAUUCUCGGAUUCUCUUCCCAGUCGCUUUUGCAGGAUUCAACCUCGUAUACUGGAUAGUUUAUCUUUCCAAAGAUACAAUGGAAGUGGGCAGCAGUGUUGAAUAGCUUGCAGACAAGUCACCCUGAAUUAUAUAAAUUCUUAUUUUCUGAGUUUUUUUUUUUUAAAUCAGCACUGAGACUUGUGUGAAUAGAUGCUUUUCCGAACAUGAAAUCAAAAUUAAAAAUCAAUAACACGUAGUAAGUAGAUAGGAGCCAAAAAGCAAUAAUAUAACUCCUCAAAACUGGAAGUUGAAGGUUUCUGAAAAAUAAAACCUUGGGUGGUGGUUACACAAUGCAGUAUACAGAUAAUGUAUCAUAGAAAUGUUUACUUGAAGUUUAUAGAAUCUUAUUAAGUAAUGUCACCCCAAUAAAUGUAAUAAAAAUAUGACUUUUGUGUACAUUGGAUAAGAAUUUUAUAAGAGGAUAAGAUGGAUUCAAGGUGAAUUUUAAAACCUUUGUUCUUUAUUGUUCAAUAUUUUGAUUGUCAUUGUGAAUAGCAUAUAGCACAAAGCA